CUUGGCAGCGCUACCUUUAUGGCGUGCACGGUGGGAAUAAAGAUGGCUUGCAGUUUAGAGCAACUUCCAUUUGAUAUUCUUUUCCAAAUCGCAUCUGCACUCCCAUUAGAGGAUUUUGUCCAUCUCGCCCACGUGAGCAAACGCAUGCGAUUAUCUCUGCUUGAUGAAACACUCUGCCGAAGGGUUGUAAAGAAACAAAUACCCUAUGCAGAAGAAUGCAACUUCGCCCAACGUGGCAUGAUAACUUACGAACGGGCUCUGCUUCGCACAUAUGGCAGACGUGAAUCCUACGCUACAGCACGGCCGUUUUCUCUGUCAACCCUAGGAUAUGGCGCCGUGUUUGUCUACAGGCAAGGAAUGUUGGCCUAUUCAACUGAGGCUUCGAUCCGCAUUCUAAGCAUACAUGUUCCACAAUCAUAUGAGCGGGUAAUUGAGAUCAGCUCUCUCUGCUGGGGUGCCUUUAAACAGCGGAGACUGAAAAAGGGGUUGGUGAAGCCUGUCCACUACAGCGACGGCGUCUUGGUAUGCUUACACGAGCGCUCUCCAAAAUCCCAUUAUGUACAAUUGUUGGCAAUCGACGUCGAUACCGCCAGCUCGGAGCCAGGCAAGCUACUGCUCUGUGAAUCUGUCAUCCGCUGCGACCAAUAUUUUGUCCGAAAUGACUCAGACUAUCUCUACUAUGGAACUCGCACAGGAGAAGGAGUUCUCAGCGAAACCGCAGAAUGGAUCCUAAGUGGAUGGUCAUUGCGUGGCGCGGAAAACCCGACUUCUGAUCCGUUUCAGCUGCACAACUUUUUUGGGGAUGAAAUGCUCGUAUCUGUCGCCUUUGAGGUUUACAACGGCUAUUUGUAUGGAGUGUCAAACGAAUUUCCAGAGGAGGACUAUGAUCCAGAAGAGGCACAUCAUUCUUGCUACCACUUGUUCCGCUUUCCACUUUGCAAGUUAUCCGAGGACACAUUCGAAGAAGAUUAUACGAUUUGGAGGCGCAAUGAUGCUGAGGGCGUCAUUUUGAACCACUGGACCACUAUUUCGCUCUGUCCAAAUGAGGAGACAGGAGAGUUGAUGAUUAUUGAAACUCGUCGAGAGAGUCCGAACAUCCCCCAAUACAAUCAACGAGUACAUUUUAUGUUACCAAUACGUUGGAGAAACACCGAUUCAAAGUCAGAUACCGAAGACAUUGACGGCUCAGAUCUUGAAGGCUUCUACGCUUUUCCUUCGCAGAGUCCUGAACUAAUACCAGCUGACACUGCGCAUCCUGUGCAGACUGGUCCUGCCAUGGGCACAUCACCUGGCAAGGAGAAGCUAAAAUUUCAAAAACUACGGAUGCGUCUUCCACGGCAUGUGCAUCCUGGUGAUGGUCCGAGUAACACUCCACAAUCAGUCAAGCCAGAUGCCCCCUUUAUCAAAGGAAAAACUGCAUUUUGUACCUACAACCCGGCCAGCAGAGCAUAUCUCGACGUCGUCAAUGACGAAUUGCCCGCUUCUGAAACUAGUGGAUGGCGUCCGGUACCACGCAUGCGCAUCCGCGUUGGCUCCCGUGUUCUCGCUCCGCCAAAGGUUGACAGAUAUGGCAUUCUGGUCAAACCAUUCUUACAUCCCAUAACAAAAAGACGACUUGAAGGCAUGGAAGAGGGAUUUAUUGACAGAGGAAUAGCACUGUGGCCUCCGAACGAGGCUCCUGAUAGAAUGUUUCGCCUGCUCAACCCCAGUGCAGCUGUCAAAAUAUUAGAAACUUUUGCAGAUGAGAGAAGUGUCGUUCUCAUCAUUGGUCCACCGCAAUCCCUUUCUUACAAGAAUUCGAUUCCCUCGUCGCAAAUCACGCUCAUUAGUUUCGACCCGAACAUUUGUUUCCCUGGACUGCGUUCGGUGGAAUGGAAAUCGAAACGAGGUGGCCGGUUUGGCAAAGGCAAGGCUACCUCUCAGGUUGGGCGCCCAGGGAAAGCCGGUCCCAGCAGCGAGCCCAAAGGAAGCGCGAAUUAUGAUGCAACAAACCUGGCGGCUUGGGUAGCGGACAGUAUCAAUACACCCAACGCUACUCCUGAAUCUGAACAAUUCAAGCGCAAGAGAGCGACUUCAGAAACCCCCAGUGAUUCUGACUACCUUGCGAGCCCCGAAGAUUUCAACGACAUUUUGAGUAGCGACAGUAGCGACGAACCUAAUCCUUCUUCUGCUUCCAAGAAGAAAAGAAAAGAACAUCACCAGAUGACUCAGUCACUGGAAUCUCUCGAUCUCUUUCAAGACUCAACGGAUCAGCGGAAUGCAUCAUCAGAAACCACCGAACCGGGUGCUACUACCCCAGGGUCGAUUACCCCAACCGGUGACAUCACACCGACGAAGAAAACCUCAGAGUAUCCUACAGCCGCACAGAGGUUGGCAGUACUUACCUGGAGCAUUCCAUGCCAUGUGCCAGCUGACCACCUCUUUGAUCCUGACGGAAAUCUCGUUCACAUCGAUGAUAUUCCUUUCGAAUUUUCCGACGCAUCUGCCACCGAUUAUAUGACAUGCUGGGAGUCAUCUGAUGAGCGACACUCGCCGGCGAAUACAGUUACCGGAUCUCACAUGACAAGGAGUCAAGAUAUGACAGACUCGACUGGGUCUCUAAGUUCCGACGUUAGCGAUACGACGAAGUCCAUGUCCGAGCUGGAUUUGAAUGAGACUGAGUCUUGUGCAAACGCUGAAUCGGCUGAAACAAACAUGCCAAAGUUUGAAGAGAGACCAGAGAACGAAAGUCACUCGCCGACGGUUCCUGAGGUAUUCCCUGUCGCUGCCAAUCUCAAUCUUGGUGGCGGCCCUAGCAACAUUACCGAUAUGGGCGAUAUUGUUGGUAAUAGUGGUGGUGUUCCUGCCGAUAACAUUGCCGUUGGAUAUGCGAGUGCCUCUGAAGCCGAGGAUGAUCUCAUGGACGAAGAGUCGGCAACGCCGCGUGCUUGUACUGCUUCUGGCCCAGAUGCAACGCCCAAACCUGCAAGAACGGAUAAGUGGGCGCCGUGGUUCUCGAUCGAAGAUGCGCAGUAUUUGACCUGUGGAAAGAGCGUGAAGUUUCCCUAGUGAAAGAUGAUGCUGUCUUUCAUUGUGAACCUCGGGCCCUUCCUCGCCACCUAAUUUUGUUUGUGGCCUGGAUACUGUGCGGUUCUUUACUAGUUUUUGUUCCUUUGCUUUUUAUUUAUUUUUUCUCAAUUCCGCUCCCCUUAAAUUAGAGCUGCCACCUCUUCAGGUUCGCGUACGCCUUUAUGGCAGAACUAUGAAGCGACGACCCUAACAGGUUACAAUCGAGAAAGCUGGCUUGUAUGUCCAGCGAUUAGAAAAGA